CCAAGCUUGCGGACAGCUCAGCCUUCGCCCGCCCGCGGACACCCAAGGCAUUCAGUACUUUUACACAAGGUGCCCCAAUCGCUGCUUGGCUGUUACGGCUGUGUUUCUUUUCCGCCGUCGCGUCGUCCCCAAGGUGUGCAAUUUAUCUUGCUUCAUCCCAGCCACUGUCUUCAUCUAUCUGAACCUCUUCAUCGGAACCGUCCAUUCGUUCACACCACCCAGUUGUAAUGUUUCAAUACUCGAUUUGUGCCUUCCUGGCACCGGCUGUCGUGUCGGCCAUGGCGUUCCCAUGGGCUGGACCAGAGCCAACUCUCAUCAUGCCUGAGGAGGAUAGGUGGAGUCCCAGGACGACUCCCGCUCCCAAGAUGGAGUUGAUGGAGCUGUUCAAGCGUGCGGCCGGCGACAACACCUGCGGUUAUAUCUCUGGUGAUGCUUCUCGAUCGUUGACCUGCAACAACUCCAACUAUGUCUGCGCAACGAACACCUACUAUGGUGUACACGGCUGCUGCGACCCUAAGAGCAUCUCGACAUGUAGCAUUCCAACCACUUGUAUCCCAAGCAGUUUGAUGUCUGCCAGCUGCACAGACGCGGCCUGCUCUACUAACGACUACAUUGCUAAAUGCACCGACUCUGAUGCGCCAUACUGCUACCAAUGGCGAUAUGUUUACUCAACCCGCACAGUCAUGACCGAAUUCGGUUGCGCUUCCUCCGCCUUUACUGUCUCUGUUCAGCGCACUUCUAGCGGAGAAGCGACCGAAGUCGCCAGCAGCAAGUCUGAACUUCAAAUCUCCUAUAUCACUGUUACUCCCUCCUCGAAGCCCGCUUCCUCUUCCGUCAGCAACAGUGGCAAUGCCCAAUCCGUAACUCAGAGCGCGUCUGCUAGCGCAACAUCUCAGCCAGAGAAAAAGUCUAAGACCAACAUUGGCGCUAUCGUUGGCGGUGUUGUCGGUGGUCUCGUCGUAAUCGGCGCCAUUGCCUUCGGUGCCAUCUUCCUCAUCCUCCGCAACCGCAAGAAGGGCAAGGACGACGCUGCGAACGCCGCUGUCACGCAACCCAUGAUGGGCCAAGGACCAGCUCCCGGUGUCACCGAAUAUAAGCCUCAACCUGGUGGCUUUCCUUCGCCUGGCCAACAAUAUCCUCCCGCUGCUGCUGGUGGUUACUUUAACCACGACCAAAAGCCAUACAAUCCCCAGAUGGGCGUUCCAGGACAGGAGAUGCACCCAUACAGUCCACCUACCAGUCCAGCUCCCCAAUAUUCUGGACCCGUGCCACUGCAGCCACAAGGCCCAGAGGGCGUCCAAGGCGUGCCAAUGGGUGUUGCGGAAGCGGGUGGAUCACCAGUCAACCAUUCACCACCGCCGCAGCAACCAGGACAACCAGGCGCGCCAGUCCAACAACCUCCACCUCAACACCAGAUCUACGAGGCUCCGUAAACGCACAGAAAUAGAUGUACAGCAUCAAAUGAAACUAAUAAAAGACACGCACUGGCACAAACGAUCCUUAAUUUCAACAUUUUUUCUUCUUGCUUUUAGCACCUUCACUUCGCAUGGAUAUGGUGCUGUUUGGGGAUAUACUCAAUUGGGUUGUUAGAGGGACCUGUGAGAUUUGGGCGUUUGGCGGCUCUCUGAUAUCCCCCGUCAUUAUUACGGAGACUUUAUCUGAACGGUGCUGCAUUUAUUAGGGAGACAGUGGUUGCAGAGGUGCUCAAGACUGACUGAAUCUUGGAGAGUUGUAGCAACGCUUUGCGGAUUUGUUUGGUUUUUUUUUGUGUACAUACCUUUUAUUCCUUCAGCUCACCAAAGCAAAAUUUAAUGAUAUUGAACCC